GGGGCGCGCUCAGGGCUUCCCUCCGUCUGCAGGUCCCGACGUGUCUCAGCUGCCGCCGUAGAGCCGACUUUCCGAGGACCCACGCAGCCACCAGCCAGCCAAGAUGCCCAAGCCAAUCAAUGUUCGGGUGACCACCAUGGAUGCUGAGCUGGAGUUUGCCAUCCAGCCAAACACCACUGGGAAACAGCUUUUUGAUCAGGUGGUAAAGACAAUUGGCCUCCGUGAAGUGUGGUACUUUGGUCUCCAGUAUGUGGACAAUAAAGGAUUUCCUACCUGGUUGAAACUUGAUAAAAAGGUAUCAGCACAAGAGGUUCGGAAGGAGAACCCUGUCCAGUUCAAAUUCCGGGCCAAGUUCUACCCCGAGGAUGUGGCAGAGGAGCUCAUCCAGGACAUCACGCAGAAGCUGUUCUUCCUCCAAGUCAAGGAGGGGAUCCUCAGCGAUGAGAUCUACUGCCCCCCAGAGACAGCUGUGCUCCUGGGGUCCUACGCCGUGCAGGCCAAGUUUGGAGAUUAUAACAAGGAGAUGCACAAGUCUGGGUACCUUAGCUCUGAGCGACUGAUCCCCCAGAGAGUCAUGGACCAGCACAAGCUCACCAGGGACCAGUGGGAGGACCGGAUCCAGGUGUGGCACGCAGAACACCGAGGGAUGCUCAAGGACAGCGCUAUGCUAGAAUACCUGAAGAUUGCCCAGGACCUGGAAAUGUACGGGAUCAACUAUUUCGAGAUCAAAAAUAAAAAAGGAACAGACCUUUGGCUUGGAGUUGAUGCCCUUGGACUUAAUAUUUAUGAGAAAGAUGACAAGUUGACCCCAAAGAUUGGCUUCCCUUGGAGUGAAAUCAGGAACAUCUCUUUCAAUGACAAAAAGUUUGUCAUUAAGCCCAUCGACAAGAAGGCACCUGACUUCGUGUUCUAUGCCCCACGCCUGAGAAUCAACAAGAGGAUCCUGCAGCUUUGCAUGGGGAACCACGAGUUGUACAUGCGCCGCAGGAAGCCUGACACCAUCGAGGUGCAGCAGAUGAAGGCCCAGGCCCGGGAGGAGAAGCACCAGAAGCAGCUGGAGCGACAACAGUUGGAAACGGAGAAGAAAAGGAGAGAAACUGUGGAGAGAGAGAAAGAACAGAUGCUGCGGGAGAAGGAGGAGCUGAUGCUUAGGCUGCAGGACUAUGAGCAGAAGACCAAGAGGGCCGAGAAAGAGCUCUCGGAGCAGAUUGAGAAGGCCCUCCAGCUGGAGGAAGAGAGGAGGCGAGCCCAGGAGGAGUCUGAGCGUCUGGAGGCCGACCGUGUGGCUGCCCUUCGGGCCAAGGAGGAACUGGAGAGACAGGCACAGGAUCAGAUAAAGAGCCAGGAGCAGCUGGCGGCCGAGCUGGCAGAGUACACUGCCAAGAUCGCACUCCUGGAGGAGGCUCGGCGGCGCAAGGAGGACGAGGUGGAGCAGUGGCAGCACCGGGCCAGAGAAGCCCAGGAUGACCUGGUGAAAACCAAGGAAGAGCUGCACCUGGUGAUGACAACACCGCCACCUCCUCCACCCCCAAUGUACGAACCGGUGAAUUACCACGUACAUGAGGGGCUGCAUGACGAGGGUGCAGAGCCCAUGGGCUACAGCGCUGAGCUCUCCAGUGAGGGCAUCCUGGGCGACCGCAACGAGGAGAAGCGGAUCACCGAGGCCGAGAAGAAUGAGCGCGUGCAGCGGCAGCUGCUGACCCUGAGUAAUGAGUUGUCCCAGGCCCGGGAUGAGAAUAAGAGAACCCACAAUGACAUCAUCCACAACGAGAACAUGCGGCAAGGUCGGGACAAGUACAAGACGCUGCGGCAGAUCAGGCAGGGCAACACCAAGCAGCGGAUUGACGAGUUCGAGGCCAUGUAAAGGCCACGCCACACCACGACCCAGGGUGGAGGGCACCUCACGGCGGGGGGUGUCACCCUUGGCUCUUUAGUACUCUUAAGUCUAGAAACCCCCUUGACAGGUUCCAGUCCCUCAAAGAGCAGUUUCGGGGCAGAACUGUUCUACACCAGGUCCCAGUGGAAGCCCCCUGGUUACUUCCAGCUGUAUCAUAGUGCCAAACAGGCCAGAUUUUUAUGACAGUUACCGAAUCACUUCCUGUUUUAAGCAGGAUUACAGUGGAUUUCGGAUACCUCUAAAGGCUAAAUAACUUCAGGCUGGCCGUGUGACACAAGGUUCACCAUCAGCAGGGACCACACUGCGGCGCACACCUGGGUGCCAUACUUUUUCUAGUUUCGAAAUGAGCUCAAAUCGACUUUGUUCUUGAUUUCUAUGAAGGAUCCAUCUCCGUGUUCUAAGGGGUGAAAAUGAUUUUGCAGUCUGAGUCUAAAGCACGCUCCCGCACAGUUCCCUUCCUCCGCACCGCUGCAAAGUCUACGGCGGUCCUUGAGCGUACGGUACAGGACCCUCCCACUAGAAAACUUGGUUUCCGUGCUUGCUGUUAGCGUACAUUGGUGGACUUCUCUACCUAAUGAUCUGCUAUAGAGAAUAGUAUUUAUAUAAAGUGAUAAUAUGGGUUUGUAACAUUAGUUCUCAAAAGGGAAAGUUUUGUUCUGUAUAUUUUGUUACCUUUUACAGAAUAAAGGAGCAUUAAGAACCGUGUACUCGAGACACUUGAUCUGACAUGGGGCAGUUGGAAACCGACUACUGCAGUAAUCAUGCCUGGACAUAAUGUUGGUGGGGUUUUGUGCACGUAAGUGCACACUUCAAUCUCCUGUCGGUUUCUCAUUUAAAAAAAUACACCCUGAGAGCAUUCACACUCCAGCCCGCCUAUUGUGAGCGCCUGGUUCCUGUUUUCAGUUUGUCUUCCUUUGUGCCGCCCCGUCCUUUUCAGAUGUGAUGUCAUCGCACCAGACCUGUGCACAAUAAAAGCUCUCCGAGGC